AUGGAUUACUCUCAUUUCCUGUCCACAGUAAGCAUGGCAAGGAAAACAAACCUUGCAAGAAUGACAAAUGAACUGGAGCAGAAGAUGCCCUCUUUAGUCAUGCUUUCUGGAGGCUUGCCAAAUCCUGACUGUUUCCCAAUCAAAACAGCAAGCAUCUCCCUUAUUGAUGGAACGACCAUUGAAAUUGGGGAAAAACUGAUGAAGAGAGCUCUCCAGUACUGUGCUACAGAUGGAGUUCCAGAAUUAUUGUCUUGGUUAAGAGACCUGCAGCUGAAACUCCAUAACCCACCAACAGCUCUCUGUGCUCCUAAGAAAAGCCAAAUGAAGAUAUGUGUCACCUCAGGCAGCCAAGACGGACUUAGUAAAGUUUAUGAUAUGCUCAUCAACCCAGGAGAUAAUAUCCUUUUAGACGAGCCAAACUUCACUGGGACACUGGCAGCACUGCGGCCCUUGGGAUGUAACAUUAUCAAAGUCCCUAGUGAUGCACAUGGUAUUAUUCCAAAAGCCUUGAAGGAAAUUCUUUCCAGGUGGCAAUCUGACAAAGUGCGUACACUCAAUAACAAGAUCCCCAAGUUCCUGUACACUGUUCCCAAUGGUGGCAAUCCUUCCGGAAGCUCCUUGACAGCAGAGCGCAAAAAGGAGAUUUACCAGCUUGCCCGAGAAUACAACUUCCUUAUCAUAGAAGAUGAUGCAUACUAUUUCCUCCAGUUUGAGAAGACAAAAGCACCAUCAUUUCUUUCAAUGGAUGUUGAUGGUCGAGUCAUCAGAGGUGAUUCUUUCUCUAAGGUCAUCUCUCCUGGGAUGAGAAUAGGCUUUCUAACAGGACCUGCGUUUCUUAUCGACAAGGUUAUUCUACAUAUACAGGCCUCAACAUUGCAGACCAGCAGUUUCACACAGAUCCUUGUGUCACAACUUUUUAACAAGUGGGGUCAAAGGGGUUUUCUGGAGAAUGCAAAUAGAGCAGCAGAAUUCUACAAAAACCAGCGGGAAGCAAUGCUUGCUGCAGCAGACAAAUGGCUGAAAGGUUUAGCAGACUGGUAUAUCCCUAAAGCUGGGCUGUAUUUGUGGAUAAAAAUUAAGGGGAUUUCUGAUACAUACCAGAUGAUCACGGAGAAAGCAUUGGACAAAGGGGUGUCCUUGCUUCCUGGGAAUGAUUUCAUGAUUGAUAGCUCAAAACCAUCUCCCUAUGUCAGAGCUUGCUUCUCUUUCGCUUCUCCAGAUCAAAUCGACCAGGGUCUUCAGAAGUUGGCUGAACUUAUAAGGGAAGAACUGAAUGAAAUCUGUGGCAGAGGGGCACUUACCAACACCUUCACUGACUGACUGACAUUCAAAACCUGUCCCUCUAAUUUCACUGAAUAAGUUGCCCAUUAAGACCCUGAUUGCACACCUGCCAUACCCUGUCUUUAAAUCUCAUGCAGCUGCUUUGGUAAAACCAGUGUCCAACUCUCAGCCUAACCUACUUCACAGGGUUGCUGUCAGGAUAAAAUGGA